AGCAGCCCCCACACUGACCACCAUCUCCGGCCUUCACACAAACACUCACACGAACGACUGACUUUUGUAGCCACACCACCUCAUCUCUCUCUCUCUCUCUCUCUCUCUCUCUCUCUCUCCUCUCUCUCUCCCCUCUCUCUCUCAAACAUACACACAUUUCACAAGAACCUGCGAGAAAGAAGAGAAGUGUGUGUCGAGAUGAUGAUGCUCCGGCUCGUCGGCGCCGAAGCUAGGAGGAGGGCGGCCACCGGAGCUGCCGGCGGCGAGCGGUGGCUGUCGGCGGCGGCGGCGGCGCCGACCAAGGGAAGGCUCGAGGGGAAAAUUGCAAUAAUAACCGGGGGAGCAAGCGGGCUCGGGAAGGCGACGGCCCGCGAGUUCAUCCGCGAGGGCGCCGCCGCCGUCUUCAUCGCCGACGUGAACUCCGACCUGGGCGCCGAGGCUGCCGCCGAGCUCGGCCCGCGCGCCCACUUCGUGCGCUGCGACGUCGCCGACGAGGGCAGCGUGGCCGCCGCCGUGGACGGCGCCGUGGCGAGCCACGGGCGCCUCGACGUGAUGUUCAACAACGCCGGCGUGGCGGGCCCGCUCGCCGGCGCCACGGAGGUGGCGUCGCUGGACCUGGCCGCGCUCGACGCCGUCAUAGCCGUGAACCUGCGCGGGACGCUCGCCGGGAUCAAGCACGCGGCGCGCGUGAUGCGCCCGCGCGGGUCGGGGUCCAUCCUGUGCACGGCGAGCGUCAGCGGCGUCAUGGGCGGGCUCGGCACGUACCCGUACUCGGUGUCCAAGUUCGCCGUGGCGGGCGCCGUCAGGGCCGCCGCCGCCGAGCUGUCGCGCCACGGCGUCCGCGUCAACUGCGUCUCGCCGUUCGCCGUGGCGACGCCGAUGGUGGUGGCGCAGUUCGCGCAGAUGCUCGGCGGCGCCGACGAGGCGCGGGUGGCAGCGGUGGUGAGGGGGCUCGGCGAGCUGAGGGGCGCGGCGUGCGAGGCGGAGGACGUGGCGAGGGCGGCGGCGUACCUCGCCUCCGACGACGCCAAGUACGUGUCCGGGCACAACCUGGUGGUGGACGGCGGCUUCACCAGCUACAAGCACCUGCCGAUUCCCCAGCCGCACGAUUGAGCUGAUCGGACGGCCACGGAAGAUCCGUUUGGUGUAGAGAUGGGGGUUAUGUGAAUCCUCUAUCCUGGAAAGGAAGUGGAUUCGAGUAGAGAGAAAAAGGAUUGUGGAUUUUUAGGUGGUUUUUUCUUAUCUGGUUAGUGUGUGGGUGAAAUUCUGGAUGUCUGAAAUUUGGUUAAAACUUAAAAGUUGAGUACGUGCAUGGGAAAAUUUAAGCCGGCCUAACUUAUCUAGUUAUCAUUGUA